UCGACUUUGGAAAUCAGCCUCGAACGUUUCGAGAUUUCCCAGCGAGUCUGAUUAGUGUGUGGAGCUGCUGGCAUAUGGUUUCUGUUUCUAUCUGACUUGGUCUCAUCCCCCGUGCGUGUGGCUGUGCUUAGUGUGUGUAUUUUUAAAAGUAAUUUAAUACAAUAAAAAAUCGUCGGCGUUGCAGAUUUUUCUUUGUCUAUUUGCCAACUUCGUGUGACCCCCGAAACGAAAGUGCGACUCGACGUGCGGUAAGGCAGCGAUCCAGCUAACAUUCAGGUCAUAUCAAUACAACUUAAUCCUCACCCACGAAAAAAAAAACACCAUGAGCUGGCAAGAUUAUGUGGACAACCAACUUCUGGCCUCGCAGUGCGUGACCAAGGCGUGCAUCGCCGGCCACGAUGGAAACAUAUGGGCGCAGUCUAAUGGUUUCGAGGUGACAAAAGAGGAACUUUCCAAACUAAUCAGCGGAUUCGACCAGCAGGACGGGCUGACUAGCAACGGCGUAACACUCGCCGGCCAACGGUACAUUUACCUCUCCGGCACGGACCGCGUGGUACGCGCUAAGCUCGGCCGGAGCGGAGUGCACUGCAUGAAGACAACACAAGCCGUGAUUGUUUCUAUCUAUGAAGAUCCUGUACAGCCCCAACAGGCCGCGUCCGUCGUAGAGAAACUUGGAGAUUAUCUGAUUACUUGCGGGUACUAGGACCAUAAAUCAACACAUACACCCCCAUCAACCACAACACACACAGCAACAACUAUAACAACAGGAAAAAAAUUGAUAAGAGAAAACCGUAAAUGAACUAACAUAAAAAGUAAUUAAUAAUAUUUACAUUUAUGGAAAAAAACCGACGGCCAAUAAAGCACUUGAGGUUUUUUGUGUGUACAAGAAGAAAUGGAACGAGUUAAAAUGCAUAUACUUAAAAUUGUCAAAAACGCAAAUAGUUACUGAACUACAACAAAAAUAUAAAUUUCUGCAUUAUUAUAUUUAAAAUUUUUUGGUUUAUACGAUACAAAUAAAAGGAAAACACAACUAUAAAA